CUUCCGCCUUUAAAUAGAAACAAUUACCCUAAAAAAAUUACCUGCUUUAACCUCGUAAUGUUAUCAAUAACUAACUAUAACAUGAUAGACACAACAUUAGUUAGUAGUGACAAGAGAUUUUAUCACAACCUAACAAAAUACGUCGAGUAAAAUGUGACCAAAAUACUAUAAACCAUGUUUAUUGUGACCCACAGUGUGAGGUAGAUAUGAAUGGAGGGCCGGUGCAAAGAAUGAGCGCCUUGCCUCGGCCUACUCGGGACCGCUGCUGGGAUUGUUGUGCACAUCUGCGCACAAACACUUGCUUUGUGCCACAUAAUCACGCAUUGGUUUCUCGGUGACCGAUCACCACCACAAGGGCAAGAGCCAUGACAGCAUGAGUCAGUCAUACAGACCGGCUUUUCGCUCAGCGUUUGGCUCCCCCAGCCAGCCGGAGCCGAGGCCCCACAAUGGCCUCAUGGGCGCUUCCUACAGGAGUCAGUGCGGCAUCGCCAGACUUGGAUCGGAGCAGCCGUCAGAGCGCUCCGGUUGUUACAACCCUCUAAAGAGGCUGCAUGACUUUAACGCGAGAGUCAGGAAGUCUGACCUCCAUGCUCGGAACCACUUGCAUCCUUCCAGCCCAAUCAGCGACAACAACGACGACGAUGAUAAUGAUGAUGAUGAUGACACGUUUGAGCCACCGUCAGUCCUCCUUCCUCCCUCUUUUCAAACUGACUCUUUUCAGUCCAUGCCACAUGUCAACAGAAAUGGCUUCCCGACUCCAGACGCUCCACAGCGAUGUUCUCCCACCGCUAACGGCUACUUGCAUUCAAGCUCUCCGCUGUUUGACAGCAGUGAUGUUAAACAGCAGCAUAACGAGGCUUUGCACAAACAUAGCGAGAACCUCAUACCCUUUUACCCGACGUGGGACUACCCCGUUACAGGAUCAAGAACAUCGAGCAGUUCAAGCACGGAUAAAAGGACUUACAAACCGACUCUCUUCAAUCUCAUGUCUAAAACUAUAUCGGAACUCAAUCCCAAUCUAAGCCCCAGCGCACUUCCAGACAUCACAAUGAGAGACGGGUGGAGCAUGGAUGAGGAAUCAGGAAGUGAUGUAGACCUUGCAUGUCCUGAUGCAGGGAUUAUUUCACCGGCUGGCACCAACUCCAAUUCCAACAGCCCAAAGAAAAGGCCUCUACCAUCAGUGCAACACGUGGAAGGCGAUGUGGUGUGGGCUAAGUUCAACAGACGGCCUUGGUGGCCAUGCAGAGUUCUCUCUGACCCUCAACUGGGCCUCCACACGAAAAUGAAAAUUCCCAGUCCCCGCCCCUGUCGUAUGUAUUUCUUGGAGACCAUUGGAGAGAUGGUUGAGUGUGCCUGGGUACCCGGGAAUGCCGUUUUUCCUUUCCAUGGAACCUACCAGUUUGACGACCUGCCCGUGCUUCGACGGAGAGGCAAGCAGAAGGAGAAAGACUACAAAUACACGAUACCUAAAAGUUUACAGUCUGCAUGGAACAUCAGUGUAGCAGCAGCGGAGCGCAUGCGUUCAGCUCAACUACAACACGCCAAGACUUUUCCUGCAGCGUCUCUCAAUGGUGUGGAGUUUGAACACAGCCCGCUCCGUCCCGACAAACCACAGGAGGCUUCCUCUUUCACUGUCGACGCAACUCCACUCCCGCCCCCCAGGAGAAAUCACGUCAAAAACUCAUCAGAAAUACAGUCUAAUAAGAACUUAAAAACAUGCAAAAAGAAAAAGAAAUGUCUGUCAGACAUAUUUGGUCAUAUUAUCAGUGGCUCAAAGGAGUCUUCAUCCAACACGGACACAUUGGAUCUUCAUACAACAAUCUAUACACUGAAACAAGAACAGGACUCCCCUUAUGCAGAUCUGGAAUCAGUUCCUGUGUUACAUUGUCCAAAACGUACUGCAGUGUCCCCAAUCCAUGAACAAGAACUUGCAUCAACACAGACGUUCACUCAAAUCCUUCCGUAUUCUACACAUACACAUUAUCCUGCUAUUGGGAAUGUCAUUAAUCAGGAAACAGACAUGGAAGAAACGGCUCAUGGUUCAAGGAAAAUCCUCCCCGCGAGUAGUCGUCUCAUGACAAAAGCCAUGGAAGCAAAGAACGAAGUUGACGACGUCUCCAACUCUAAUGUUCUUACCGAAACACCCAGUGAUGCAGCUCGGUUAAAAAUGUCACCUUCAUGGGAAUCAUUCACUGACGUAUCUUUUUCCGUAAAUCACACCUCGCCGAAGAGGCGUGCAAGGAAAGCAGACAAGAAGAAAAACCGUAUCGGCUCAUUGCUAACAUCCGCAAAUGUAGACCAGCGUGGUUCCUUCACAGAACCUGCUCAAAUCAAAACUGAGAAUGUUAGCCCAGAACUGUCUUUAUUGCACUCCCCGCCGCCAUUAUGCCCCAUGGAUGCUUUCCAGGAUGGGAAGGAAAUCACGUUUAAGUCUCUUGUUAAUGAGAACUCCGACUCCAACGUGACUUCCUUUCGUUCUGAUUCCAACUACAAGUUCAGUACCUUUCUUAUGCUUCUCAAAGACAUGCAUGACACCAGAGAGAAAGAAGGUAAGCCCCUCGUUAUCCCACCAUCACCGCUACUCAUCAAAGAGGAACCUUUGGUUAUUCCUUCUCCGUUGUGUACUGAUCCUCCGAGGCAAGGAAUCAAAACAGAGUUCGGACAAUCGGGAACAUUUUCAAAAGUCAAAAACAAGUCCAGGACUAAAGCUAUCAUGUCAGCAGACACGUAUCAUUGUGAAGAAUUUCCAUUUCACGCUGGGAAUUCGGACAAACAACGCAGAAAACAGAGACUUCCUGCCAAACUGAAGCUCGGACGACAUGGUGUUUCCUGCGACAUCGCCGACAUGGCAUUCGGCAGGGAGUUUGUCAGUGGCCACGCUGAUUUAGCAGGAUCCGAUCAUCCUAUUCCCGAUGAUCCCACUGCCACCUACCUCGACAAGAUCUCUGAAUCCUCCAUGGCUCCAAAGAAGCGCUGGCAGAUUGCCGAGGAGAACAGGACCGAUGUCAGUUUUGAGAUGAAUGUGAGAACGUCUCCCGAUGUUCACUCGGAAACCGAGAGGCAGCUAGAGAAUGACGCUUUCUCAGAGUCGAACACUGCAGCCGGAAUGUCGAACCUGGAAAACAAACGACUCCGUAAACCAACUAAAAGACUUCUGGAGUCUACCGAGGAAUAUGAACAAAUAUUCACACCAAUAAAGAAGUCUAAGAAACACACCUUAUAUGAUACGGAUACCGGUGAUACCAAUGAAAUUGUCUCGCUGCACCCGGAUAUCAACAUCAAGCAGGAGACCGUUGCCUCAGUGUCGCCUCUUAUGGCUCCCUCUGCAUCUGCGGUAUCAGAGUCACAUAGUCCAUCUCAGGAUGAGCGCCCACUUGAAGGACCCCUUGUAUCCUCGGCCGCAAGUCAGCUUCCUCUAGACACUGACACAGCCCAGGAAGCAGAUCUACCUCCAAAAUCUGUUACGGACUUGGCAACAGAAAGAAAGAGGCCUCGGAAACUGUCGCACAAGGUUUUGGAUUGCACCAUUGAAGAAGUGUCUGCUCCUGUGAAGGUGCAUCCAAGGUUCCCCUCUGGAGUUUUCUCCGAAGUCAAAGUGUUGGUCAAGAAAACUGUGAUACUUCAGAAGCACAUACUUAAAGAAAACAUGGAUGGACCCGUAAAGAAAGACAAACCUGUUCCCAGCACAUCUUCUGCCCCUGCUGACACCUCAUCGCACUCAGACGCCGAAGAUGAUCCAAGGGUUCUCACUCCAGAAAAAAAAACUCUUUUGUUGGGACCCAAGUCCCCUGAGCAGGAGAAUGACGUGACACCCUGCGACACUGAAGAGAAACAUAGCACAGACACUGAAACCCCCAAAGCUGAGGUACUUCCUGUCAGUCUGUCUGACAGCCUCUCCUCUCUGGUGGAUGUCAAAGGAAAAAUAAGCGCUACUUCCUUAAAGGAGAAUGUCUGUCAGGUGUGUGAGAGGACCGGAGACCUACUGGUAUGUGACGGCCACUGCUACGGAGCCUUUCACCCACAGUGUAUUGGUUUGUCUGUGGCGCCCAAGGGAAGAUUCCUCUGCCAACAAUGCACCACCGGUGUUCACAUGUGCUUUGUCUGUAAGAAGUCUGGCAAUGGCGUGAAACGGUGCAUGAUCCCACUGUGCGGGAAGUUCUAUCACACCGACUGCAUCGUGGCCUUCUCUGCCACGCAGCCACAUAACAAAAGCUUCCGCUGCCCGUUACAUGUCUGUUUGUCGUGUCACAUCACCAAUCCUCUCAACGCUUGCAGCUCCAAAGGUCGCUUGGCUCGCUGUGUGCGCUGCCCCGUGGCUUAUCACGCCAAUGACAACUGCAUGGCAGCCGGCAGCUUGGUGCUGGCCAACAACAGUUUCCUGUGUCCAAACCACUUCACUCCUCGGAAGGGCUGCAAGAAUCACGAGCACAUCAACGUUAGCUGGUGCUUCGUGUGCUCUGAAGGAGGCAGCCUGCUUUGCUGUGAAGCCUGUCCUGCUGCUUUUCAUCAGGAAUGUCUGAAUAUGGAGAUGCCUCAAGGCAGCUGGUUCUGCAACGACUGCAAAGCGGGGAAGAAGCCACGUAUCAAGGAUAUACUCUGGGUCAAAUGGGGGCGGUACAGGUGGUGGCCUGCCGAAGUGUGUCUGGCCAAAGAUGUCCCGACUAACAUCUUGAGAAUGAAACACGAGGUGGGAGAGUUCCCGGUGCAGUUUUUCGGCUCCAAAGAUUUUGUUUGGACUUAUCAGGCCCGAGUUUUCCCGUACAUGGAAGGCGACACUCACAACAUCGAGAAAAUGGGCAAAGGUGCAGAUGGGGUGUACAAAAAGGCCUUGACCGAGGCUGCAGAGAGAUUCAGGGAACUCCAAACAGAAAAGGAGAUGAAGCAGCUUCAGGAAGACAGAAAGAAUGACAGGAAACCUCCUCCAUAUAAGCACAUAAAGGUGAAUAAGCCAAUCGGAAAGGUGCAAAUCAUCACAGCCGACCUAUCGGAGGUCCCGCGCUGUAACUGCAAGGCCUCCGACGAGAACCCGUGCGGCGUGGAUUCGGAGUGCAUCAAUCGAAUGCUGUUGUACGAGUGCCACCCUCAGGUGUGCGCAGCCGGGGAGCGAUGUCAGAAUCAAGCCUUCACGAAACGCCAUUACACACACGUGGAGAUAUUCAGGACAUUGUCGCGUGGCUGGGGUUUGCGUGCCGUGUCCAAUAUCAAGAAGGGAGCUUUCGUAAGCGAAUAUGUCGGGGAGGUGAUCGAUGAAGAAGAAUGUCGGGCAAGAAUCCGUCAUGCUCAGGAGAAUGACAUCUGUAAUUUCUACAUGCUGACACUAGAUAAGGACAGAAUCAUCGAUGCCGGACCCAAAGGGAACCAAGCCCGCUUCAUGAAUCACAGCUGCCAGCCAAACUGUGAAACCCAGAAAUGGACUGUGAAUGGGGACACCCGCGUAGGACUGUUUGCACUACAAGAAAUCCCAGAAGGUGUGGAGCUGACUUUCAACUACAACUUGGAGUGUCUUGGUAACGGCAAGACGGCAUGUAAAUGCGGAGCCCCCAACUGCAGCGGCUUUCUUGGUGUUCGACCGAAGAACCAGCCGUCUGCUGAGAAACUGAAGGAAGGGAAGAAGAGAGUGUCCAUGAAGAAGAAAACGAAACAAGAGGUCACCAAAGAAAGGGAGGAUGAGUGUUUCAGCUGCGGUGACGGCGGCCAGAUUGUGUCCUGUAAGAAGCCCGGUUGCCCCAAAGUCUACCAUGCGGACUGUCUGAACCUGGCAAAGAGGCCUGCAGGUCGAUGGGAGUGUCCCUGGCACCAGUGUGAUGUCUGCGGUAAAGAAGCGGUGUCGUUCUGUCAGAUGUGCCCCAGCUCAUACUGCAAAGCGCACCGCGAUGGCAUGCUCUUCAUCUCCAAGCUGGACGGCAAGCUGUCCUGCAGUGAACACGACCCGUGUGGACCCGACCCCCUAGAGCCGGGCGAGAUCCGUGAAUACGUUGUUCCUAAUGCCCCUUCUUCGAAACCCGGCGCUGUGACUUCGCCUCUCCCGGACUCUGGAGGUUCCACUCCCGUUGCCUCACAUGACCCUAAACGUGAGCCUCCUCCUCGUCUCUACAUUAACACAAAGACGGCUACCUCGAGCUUCAUCCCUAGCAGCAGGUCUUACCUCACACAAAGGACAGAAGACAAAGCUUUGUCCAGCCCGACCUCCUCAAAAGAUGAAAGCGAGGAUGGCGAAAUGGAGGACGGGGAGGUGUGCGGGUUAGAGGUCGACUUGGAAGAAGAAGACGACGACUACGAUGAAUCAGGAGACGACGCGGAAGAGAUCGAGUUAGUAGAAGAUGAAGAAGGUGAGCCAAUGUACGGAGACAGCUUGGAGGAGGAAGAGGAGGAGGCAGAUGACAGUUGGGGUGAUUACGUGGAGGAAGAUGCCGGUGACGACUGGGGCCGAGUGGAGGAGGAUGACAAGUGACCCUCAAUAAAAUCACCUACUGUACUUGAAUGCAACAUUGCCUUCCCCUUUGGUACAACAUUGCCUUCUCAUGUCAGACUGCUGCACUGAUGCUAUGGAUGCUAAUCGGUGCUACGGCUCCAGGGCUCAUUCACUCAGUUUCUUGUACUUUUGUUCAUAUUGUGUUUAUUUGUGUCUGGUGCUGUUAGCUUCAGUUUAUUCUUUUAAACAUUGUUUACAUUUUUUUUUUUUUAAAAAGACAUGUUUGAAAUAUAAAAAAAUGAGAAGAUAUAUCUGACCAAACUGUAAUUAUAAGGGCAUUUUGUUGUCGUUAUUGUCUUCACUUUGUCUUCUUAAAAAAAAAAAAAAAAAUGCAAGAGAGGUCGUCUCACUUGUCAAUGUUUCCAUGGUUUAUUUUCACCGUGAUGCAAAAAUAAACACACUGGAGUCAAACUGCAAAAAGUUUGUCCUGAAACAAUCAACUCCUAAUUUAUAUUGGCAAUGGUGUUACCAUAAU